AUGUCCACUCCAAAGCCUCGAAUUGUUGCCUUGGGUCAGCCCAAAUAUAUCGAUGCAGAGUACCUCGAUCAGUUCAAAGAAGACUUCGAUUUCUCGGUUCUCGAAGCGUAUGACCGCCAGACUACUCUGAAGCUGCUACCAAGAUAUAUCGCUCAACAUGGACCGAUUGAUGGUUUCAUCAUUAGGAUGGGAACUCCGCCCUAUGAGCCAUUUGACAGAGAGCUCUUGGCUUUUUUGGCUCCAGGAUGCAAAAUCAUUGCCUCGGCAAGUGCUGGGUACGAUGAGUUUGAUGUCGAUUGGAUGACCCAGCAAGGAAUACACUUCUGCAACACCAUUGACGCAGUUGCUGAGAGUACCGCUGACAUGGCCAUCCAUCUGAUACUGAGUGUCCUUCGGAACACGAGCAAUGCGGAAAAUAAUGUCCGGAACGGAUUCUGGCGCGCAGGUCUAGUGCCUUGUGCCGAUCCCUCUGGAAAGAAUCUUGGAAUCGUUGGACUGGGCAGUAUUGGAAAGUAUCUCGCCAAGAAGGCCGCAGUGUUCAAUAUGCGUGUCUCGUAUUAUAAUCGCAACAGGCUACCGGCGCACGAGGAGGCUGCAUACAAUGUUACAUAUUGCGAAAGUCUGCAUCGAUUGCUAGAGCAGUCUGACAUCAUCUCAAUCAACUGUCCUUUGAAUUCCAACACAGUAUCAAUGAUUGGAAAAGAUGAAUUCACUGUCAUGAAAGAUGGGGUAUUUCUUGUGAACACCGCUCGGGGACCGAUCGUGCACGAGGAGAGUCUGAUCGAGGCUCUCAAAUCAGGCAAGGUUACUCGAGCUGGAUUGGAUGUGUUUGACAAGGAGCCCCAUAUCAAUGCCUACUUCAAAUCCAGUGACAAGGUCAUUGUGAUGCCUCAUCUGGGUGGCUUGACUGAUGUUGCAUUUGGUCGCGCUGAGCGUGAAUGCUUCGAGAAUAUUAAAGCACUCUUCAAACAUGGAAAGCCGAAUUCGCCGAUUAACCAGGUAUCUUAG